AUGGUUACCAUCAUGUCACACAUCUCUGAUUAUUUUGAGCAAUUUAAUAGCUCGUUAACGGCUGCUUCACAAUCAUCAUCUCAAUCUCUUGAUGUCUCAUCAUCAACAAAUAAAAUUCCACUUACAUUUUAUGUAUUCGAUUUUGAACGAUAUAGUGAUGAAAUGGGAACAUUACGAGAUUUACGUACAUAUAUGAUCCAACGUUGGCAUAAUAGUUUUUUCUUCGCUCUUGCAUAUUUAUUUUUAAUAUAUACGGGUCAGAUUUAUAUGAAAAAUAAGCCUCGAUUUGAAUUACGUUUAUGGUUAGCAGCAUGGAAUACAUUAUUGGCAUUAUUUUCAAUAUUUGGAGGUAUGAGAGUAUUACCGGAAUUAAUUUAUGUUAUUAGUCGACAUGGAAUUAAAUACUCAAUUUGCAAUAAUUCAAAUGCAUUUGGUGUUGUCGGAUUUUGGACAUGGGCAUUUUGUUUUUCUAAAUUACCUGAAUUAAUUGACACGGUAUUUAUUGUUCUUCGUAAACAACAAUUAAUUUUUCUGCAUUGGUAUCAUCAUGCAUCAGUUUUAAUUUAUUGUUGGUUUAGUUAUCAAGAUUAUAGUUCAACAGGAAGAUGGUUUUGCAGUUUGAAUUAUAUUGUUCAUGGAAUAAUGUAUUCUUAUUAUGCAUUACGUGCAUUGAAAUUUCGUAUACCACGUUGGGUCUCAAUGGUAAUAACAAUGCUUCAAUUAACUCAAAUGAUCAUUGGUUGUUGGGUUAAUUUACAAGCAUGGCAAUAUAAAAAGAAUGGUGAAAUCUGUCAAGUAACAGAUGAAAAUUUAAAAGUAUCAUUAAUUAUGUAUGGAACAUAUUUUCUAUUAUUUGCUCAUUUCUUUCUUGGUGCCGGUUUUGGUCUAUUCACUCGCAUGCAAAUUGCCAAAGGCUCAUGUGUGUGUAUCUAUAAAGGCAAAACACUUCGUACAAUCGAUGCUAUACGUCUGAAAGAUAAAUCCUAUUUAAUGCGACUUGGUCCACAAGUUUAUGUUGAUCCUUGUGAUGAUGAAACGAUACUUGGAAGAUAUAUAAAUGACCCGCGAAAUCGUUUAUUACAAAAUGUCAUAUUUGAUAAACGUCCUGAAGAACAAUGUGCUUAUGUUAUUGCUAAACGAGAUAUAGCUGCUGGUGAAGAAAUUUUUGCAGAUUAUGGACGAUGGUAUUGGUUAACAAAAACUCCUAAUCGAUUAGAAAAAUUACCCACGUGA